GACACGUUACGUCGCGCACUUGGGGAUUCCGGGCUUUCCCAACAUCAUGGCUGAAACUGACAACACAGGGCUUCAAGCUCAGAAGAAAAUCAAGCUAGAUGACUCUAAUGCAGUGGGUGAUUGCGACAAAUCUGCCCUGUCAACUUUCCAAGGGUUUCAGGUCACAAAUGUUCUAAAUGACAAGCCGAACGAAAAAGUGGUUUUUCUUCACGGUCGCUUCAAAGGCAGUGAUGAAGAUGCGGUGGUCAUUUUGGAGAAGACCGCGUUCAACAAAGGCAGUCUUGGCGAUGUUCUAUCGGAGGACACCCGGCUGAACCAGACUCUGCAUAACGAUAUAUACUCAACGUAUGAAGGAUUCCCCAAGCCAGAGCUAAACGCAAUCAAGACCACAGUAAUCUACCCAGCCACACAGAAACACAUCGACAAAUACAGCCAGCAUGAGCCAUACAUGGUCAAUGAGACCGCUGAGGAUUACAGGACAAUAACUCGACCUCAUAUUGAAUCAAAAGCAUUUAGCAUUCAGUGGGUCUACAACAUCUUAGAGAAGAAGACAGAAUCGGACCGGAUUGUGUUCGAGGACAACGACCCCAAGGAUGGUUUCAUCCUCCUGCCGGAUAUGAAGUGGGACCGGAAGCAGAUACAGAGUCUCUACCUGGUGGCCAUCGUUCAUCACCAUGGUGUGAAGUCGCUGCGGGAUCUCUCUCCAGACCAUCUCCCGAUGCUCAAGAAUAUUCUCGUCAAAUCACAGGAAAAUGUUCAAGAGAAGUUUGGAGUUCCACCGAGCCAGCUGCGAAUCUACGUGCACUACCAGCCAUCGUACUAUCAUUUCCACGUCCACGUCACUCACAUCAAAUACGAUGCCCCAGGACACGGCGUGGAGCGGGCUCAUCUCUUGUCCGAGGUGAUUCAGAAUAUUGAAGGCCAAGCGGAUUAUUAUCAAACCAGAACUCUCUCAUAUGUCGUGAGGGAAGGCGAUGACUUGCAUAAGAAGUUCAAGGAGGCUGGAAAGUUGUGAAUUUGGAGAGAGAUAACCCUUUGCUUUUAGAUUCCAAGCAAUAUGACCAGUUUUUCGCAUUUACAAAUUCUGAUGAUCAUGAUUAGACGAGUUGGCGCUGUAUGUUCAUCUUUGAAAUACCAGAAUAACAUUGCACAGCAAUCUUUUGAUAUACAGUACAUGUAGAGCCUCCCUAUUAAAUACAUCCCUGGGACUGACUAGUGCUGGUCAUGGCAGGCAAUUUCAGAACACAUCAGAAGACCUGAGCCAACUUCGGACAAUGCCACAAGCCACUGUGACACUUUGUUCCAGGUGAAACGCAUAUAUUGUUGUUCACCGGUUGAUGAUCAUUUUUGUCAACAGCUUAUCAUUACUUGGUAACAUUUUCUAUGCCGAAU